AAUUAACAUUAGACACUUGCAACUUUCUGUCCAGAAAAACAUUUCGUGUUCUCUCCUCAACUUGAACCAUUAUCGGUCUACAUUUAUAGUAUACUAUCAUCAUAUUUUUAGUAUUUAUUCCACAUUAUAUUAUACUCCCACAAUACAAUGACAAGAAGAAGGAACAUAUCUAUGCGGUUGUCGCCGGUGAGAACUAAUUCCGGCCGCUACGGCGAUCUAUUAUUUCCCGGCAACUACGACGAUGCCUCGCCUGGAAACAAAGACGACUUUUCCAAUAUUAGUAGAAGUUCAUCCUCCGCGUCAACCUCGUCACGUCGAAGUACUUUCCGCACCGGUAAUAACAGCCUUUCGUCCGCCGAUAGCCCGAAUAAUAGCACCGACUCCUCCCCGGGGCGGAACCAAUCCGGCUCCUCUACUUAUACUAGUUCCCCGUGGAAUCAUGACCGGAAACCACCUCAAUCGGCGGAGGACAAUCAGAAUUACCUGAUCGGGUCGCUUGUUCGAGAAGAUGGACACGUUUAUUCUAUAGCCGCUACGGGUGGGUUGCUCUACACGGGUUCGGAUAGUAAGAAUAUCCGGGUCUGGAAGAACUUGAAGGAUUAUUCCGGGUUCAAGUCGGGUAGCGGGUUCGUGAAGGCGAUUGUUGUGUGGGGUGAAAAGGUUUUUACCGGUCAUCAAGACGGUAAGAUCCGGAUAUGGGGAGGUGAAAGAAAAUCGUAUAAGCGGGUCGGGAGUUUACCCACCACAAAGGAUUAUUUCAAGAGCGCUAUUAACCCGAAAGCCUACGUGGAAGUUAGACGGAAACGUAACGUUCCGUGGCUGAAGCACUACGACGCCGUUUCGUGCUUGAGCGUGGAUGAAGAAAACGGGUUUCUCUACUCGGGUUCUUGGGAUAAAACCGUAAAAGUCUGGAGACUAUCGGAUUCGAAAUGUAUAGAGUCCAUCAAAGCCCACCAUGACGCCGUCAACUCCGUCGCCGUUGGGUUUGGCGGCUUGGUUUUCACCGGCUCAGCCGACGGAACUGUGAAGGCUUGGAAAAAGGAAGUUCUUGGAGCGCGUGUGAAGCACGCUCCAACAGGCACGUUGUUGAAGCAGGAUAAUGCGGUGACGUCACUGGUGGUCAGCGCGGAUUCAGGGACGGUCUACGCCGGCUCAUCUGACGGGCUGGUCAACUUCUGGGAGGAUGAGAACAAAUUCAUGGUGUAUGGGGGAGUUCUCCGGGGACACAAACUCGCCGUCCUCUGCCUCGCCGCCGCAAGAAAUGUAGUGAUGAGCGGGUCGGCGGACAAGAGCAUAUGCGUUUGGAGGAGAGAUGAAGGCGGGAUCCACACGUGCAUUUCAGUCCUGACUGGGCACACCGGACCCGUGAAAUGCCUGGCCGUGGAAGAGGACGGUGAAGGGGAGGAGGAAGACGGCUCCGACCGGCGGUGGAUAGUUUACAGUGGCAGUUUAGACAAGUCGGUGAAAGUGUGGAGAGUGUCGGGCUCGGAGCGCGCGCUGGAGUGUAAUUAGCGUGCUUUUAUGUAACGGUAAAAGUUAGUUAAAUUUAAAUCAAAUAGUACAGUAAAUUUGAAUGCAUGUAAAAGCUAUAGCAUGCACGUAUAUAGUAGUAGUAUCCUAGUAUGUAGUGUGAACAGUUGGGACAACAAAUGAUCUUCUUCUCAAAUAAAUGCUUCCAUCCUAUGCAAUAUUUUUC